AGAGAAACGGCUUCCUUGUACUCAAAUCUUUUACAACUUGCCACCCAUUCACCAGUGAGGCUCCAACACACACAGAGCUUUUUGGUGUUUUUGUCUCUUGCAUAUUUCUUUUUUCUUUUUCUUUUUUUCUUUUUCUGAAUUUUUCAUUCCCUUUGUUUAUUUUCUUGAAAUUCUUUUUCUUUUGGGAGUACUGAAUAAUUUAGGGGGGGUUUGGGGAUUACAUUAGGGCUAUUUGCAACUCUUCUUUUCUCCUUUUGUGUUUCUUCUCUUGGCCAUCUGUCUGACCCCAGUUGCUUAAAGAUUUCAAAAUUGUGGAGAGAUCUCAUUUGGGUUUUAGUUCAAAUUUUGUGGGUUUACAUUAUCUGAUCUUGAGAUUGUAGUUAGAGGGAAGAGGGGUGGAGAGAGAUAUGUGUAGUGUAUCAAGAUUCUGUGAGAAGGUGUGUAUGAUGGCUGAAGGGGGAUCUCAUUAUUGUUCCAAGAAGACUGAUGAUAUAUGUGGUGAUGCUUGUGAUGAGGACUCCGGACGGACCUUGAGCAUGAAGAGAAUUAAAUGUAUACUGCGUGGGCUGGAUAUCAAAGCCUAUCUCUUUCUUUUCAUGUUGAUCCCGACAUGUCUCUUUGUUAUAUAUGUACAUGGGCAGAAGAUUACGUACUUUUUGCGGCCUUUAUGGGAAUCUCCUCCUAAGCCCUUCCAUGAAAUACCUCACUACUAUCACGAGAAUGUGUCGAUGGAGAAUCUGUGUAAACUUCAUGGUUGGGGAAUACGCGAAUAUCCUAGGCGUGUUUUUGAUGCGGUGUUGUUCAGCAAUGAGGUAGACAUCCUUAAGAUACGAUGGAAGGAGUUGUACCCGUAUGUGUCAGAGUUUGUCCUCCUCGAGUCCAAUUCAACAUUCACUGGGCUGCCGAAGCCUCUGGUAUUUUCUACAGUAAGGGAUCAAUUUAAAUUUCUUGAGCCACGAUUAACUUAUGGACAAGUUCCAGGGAGAUUUAGGAAAGGAGAGAACCCGUUUAUCGAGGAGGCAUAUCAGAGACUUGCAUUGGAUUAUCUCCUCAAACAAGCCGGUAUUCAGGACGACGACUUGUUGAUAAUGUCUGAUGUUGAUGAGAUUCCAAGUAGACAUACUAUUAAUCUCUUGAGGUGGUGUGAUGGCAUACCUCCGAUCCUCCAUCUUCGUUUAAGGAACUAUCUCUAUUCUUUUGAGUUUCUUGUUGACAAUAAUAGCUGGAGAGCUUCAGUUCACAUAUAUCAAGCUGGCAAGACGAGAUAUGCUCACUAUCGGCAGUCUGAUGAAAUUUUGGCUGAUGCAGGGUGGCACUGUAGCUUUUGCUUUCGACACAUCAGUGAAUUCAUAUUUAAGAUGAAAGCUUACAGCCAUGUUGAUCGGGUGAGGUUUUCUCAUUUUCUCAACCCUAAAAGGGUCCAGAGAGUAAUCUGCAAAGGUGCUGAUUUGUUUGAUAUGCUUCCGGAAGAGUACACUUUCAAGGAAAUAAUCGGGAAAAUGGGACCUAUUCCACACUCAUACUCAGCUGUUCAUCUUCCUGCUUAUCUUUUAGAGAAUGCCGAUGAAUUUAAAUUUCUGUUGCCCGGAAACUGCUUAAGAGAGAGCGGCUGAUACAAACUGCUGCAGUCUAUAUUACUUUUGUAUAGGGUUGAAGUCAGCUGUGGCUCCCAGUGAAGGGUUUCCAUUGACCAAUUGAUGACAAUGGUGUGUUGCUUCUAUAACCAUGCUACAUCUCCGGCGUAUUUAUAUCAUUCUUUUUUACGAGUGUUUGGGAAAAUUGGACACGUUCUUGGAUUUCUGUAGUGGGUUAUUGUAUAUAGUUUUUCUUAGAGUUGAUUUCCAUGCGAACGGAUAGCAUCCCUGUACUAAAUGGAGAGUUAGCCUUGACAGGAACGAGAUGGAAUGGGGCUGCUCGUUGCUUCUUUUUACCAACAUGAUAUUAUGUCCAUUACACCCCUGUUGAAACUCCAUUGUCGUUCCUGGGCUUUCUUCACGUUAGGAAAUUUUUGACGUUGGACUAAUCUAUUCAUAUGCUGCUUGUCAAUCAUGCUUUUAAAUUCCCCUUUUCGAUCUUCUGAAGCUACUGCUCUAUCAUCCCGACUCAACGAUACUUCAUAGCUAGCGGUCAAGCUAAGUAGCGUAACUCAGAUUUUUCUGUUUCAUAUGCUGUGGUUGUAAGUAGUUCAUGUUCCCUCUCUUGCUCUAUUCCACAUUGCAUCCUCAGGAACUCUCACAUACUUGCAAGCUGUCUUAAUUCUUACAUUA